CACACACCACGACACGAGAGGACAGACGCCCCAGUGACGGAGUGUACACCUGCUGUCGCAGACCCUAAGAGCUCUAAGCAGAGGCGCACCAUGCGUUGUGCGGAAGGUGAACUGUGCGUUCAACAGGACAGAACGCCGCAAGACCCUUAUGGCCACGUCUUCCAGGGAGGAUGUGGAGGGCGGCUUCACGGCAAUUGCGGCAGCGUGUUUGACGACAUCGAGACCCACCGUAUAUGCAGCACGUGCGUUACCAGGAUUGGCAAGCGCAAAGCGGCAGCAGCUGACGGUGCUGGGGCGGGACCAUCUGAACGCCAGAAGGACAAAAGCGGUGGGAGCAAGAAGGGGGGUGUUCGUGCGCGCCCGAACAACAACACGAAGCUUGAGAUUCUCAAGCUGCUGGAUGCGAAGGUCUCUCAAGUACAGAUUGCAGACCGCUUCGGGUGCUCGGAGCGGUUUGUUAGGACUGUGAAGGCUGAUCGGAAGAAGGUGGAGGCUGCGACUGCUGCAGGCGGCGGCACCCAGAAAACCGCGCGCAAGGGAGAUUUUACGGAGGUGGAUGCGAUAGCUCUUUAUCUGCUCGCCAAAGCCCGGAAGGCCAAGAUGCCCGUCACACGCGAUGUCCUUCGAAGCUUCGGCCGUUCCGCCAGGACAACCCUGCUGGCUGACACCGCAACUUCUCCAGCAGUAAGG